UUGCUGGUGUAUAAUCUGUAAGGACCCAUUCAGACCACGUUAAACCGUUGGAUGUUUACAGCUGCGCUUAAUUCUUGCCAAGAAUUUGGGUCUUCCUCCCUGAAAACGAUUGUCGGAUUGCAUUGAUUCGUUUCUCAACAGACGAAGAAUAACGCAUAGUAGUGAACAGGAAGCUUUCACUGGACAACCGAAAACCUCCUGCAAUGAGCUCCCUGAUCAUUCAAUAAGUCUAAUCAUUCCCCGUGUUCAGUUAGCUAACACUGAGUUGAACAUUUUGGUUGUGUUCCAUAUAUUAACUAGUUCGCUAUGACAUCCUCCAUGAUAGUCCCUGUUAUUGAUGUGCAAAAUGAUAAUUUCAAAGAACUGUGGCCUGCUAUGGUCCUUGCAAUCAAGACAGCCUCCUUCAUUGCACUGGAUACAGAAUUGAGUGGGCUUGGAAGCAGAAAAGCUCUGCUGGCAGAAUGCAUAGAGGACCGUUACAAAGCCAUAUGCAAUGCAGCUCGCACACGCUCCAUUCUCUCCCUUGGGUUUGCUUGCUUUAAGAAACUUGAAAACAAGGAUGAUGAUACGUACCUUGUUCAGGUGUACAACCUGACGUUGCUCUGCAGUGAGGAGUAUGUAAUUGAACCACAAUCUGUGCAGUUCCUGGUGCAACAUGGAUUUGACUUCAACAAACAAUAUGCUGAGGGUGUCCCUUAUCUCAAGGGCAAUGACAAGGGAGGGGAUUCCCAUGGAAUAAACAUGCGGAUGCUGUUUGUGGAACUCCUGCGUGCUCGCAAGCCAUUGGUUCUACAUAAUGGCUUGAUCGACAUGGUGUUCCUGUAUCAGUGCUUCUAUGCCCACCUGCCAGAUAAACUUGGCACUUUCACUGCUGACCUGUCCCAGAUGUUCCCAGCUGGGAUAUAUGACACCAAGUACGCCACAGAGUAUGAGCUGCGCUUUGCUGCCUCUUACCUGGAGUAUGCCUACAAGAAAUGUAAAUUGGACAACAUGAAGUCUCUUGAGGUUGGUGGUAAUGGGCACCAUCUGUUCCUGGAGUUCUGCAAAUACUCAGGCCACCUGUCCAGCUAUGUGGACUUCAGGCCCUGCCUGGCCGGGUCUAGCCUGGAGGGACCGCUGAAUGUCUGCCAGCGUUUCUCUGCUUACGGUUGGUGCCCCAAUGGGUCACAGUGUCCCUUGUCACAUGACACUGACCUCAUCAUCCAGCACGAUGAAAAAAACCAGGUGGAAAAGAAAAAGAAACGGAAGAGGAAAAGAAGAAACUCUUUUCAGGGAAACGUGGACGUUGAAGGUGCCUCUGAGAAUAAGCAGGUCCAUAUGGAGCUGAAGGAUGGAGAGCAGGGCCCGGACCAGGUGAUCCCUGACAGCAAACCUCCCCCUGCCACAGAGAAGGUAGAUGGGACUCCGGUACAGGGGUCAGAGAGCGGUGAGAAAAUGAUAACCGAGAAGGUAGAUGAAGGCAACGGAGUCGCAGAGCCACAGGCUGUGUCUGCAGAUGAAGAAAUUAAGACUGACAAAGAAAAGGUGGAAGGCAACGGAGUCGCAGAGCCACAGGCUGUGUCUGCAGAUGAAGAAAUUAAGACUGACAAAGAAAAGGUGGAAGGCAACGGAGUCGCAGAGCCACAGGCUGUGUCUGCAGAUGAAGAAAUUAAGACUGACAAAGAAAAGGUGGAAGGCAAUGAUGUGUCAGAGCCUCUGGCCACAUCUGAUGCGUCAGAGCCUCUGGCCACAUCUGAUGCAGCGAAGAAAGAAAAGUCCAAGAGGAAGAAGCUGGAAGGAGGUUCCCACCGGGCAGGGUUCGAUGCAUUCAUGACCGGCUACAUCUUCUCCUAUGCCACCACUCUGACAGAGAGAGUGGGUGAGCCACCGUGUUCAGAGUCCUGGCUCCCGGAGUGCCUGAACAAAGUUUACCUCAGUGGCAAAUCUGUCCCGAUGCAUAUUGUCAAGAGCACCUUCUCCAAGUCCUCCAAGGCUCACAUGCACAAGAUGGACAUUGUGUGGGGAAAAAGCUUUUCUAGCAGUGUGGCAAGCAAAGCAGAGGGAACUGUAUAAACAUUCAAUGGAACCAAAUGUAUUCUUCGUUUAUAAUAAAGCCUUUUUAGUUAGACAUGCUGUUGCACAUCUUAAAUGUUUGUUGAUACAGUAUUAUGUUUCAAUAAAAAGGCUUUUCCUUGGUUAUGA